UGUUUCAGUUCACCCCCGCCUCCGAGCAGCUCGCUCCUCCGGAUCCUCAGCUUCAGGGGAACAUAGACUUCAUUUUCUUUUCCUGGUGUUACUCUCUGCCUCGCCGGGAGGACCAGCUAACCCGGUGACGAGUGAAGUUUAAACACCCCCUAGCUGCUGCUGCUGCUCUGGAGACGGCGGACCGAGGUCUCAAGCUCCCACAUUUCUCCCUCUUUAUCUUUGAAUAUUCGUUCAUUUUUGGAGGAGUUCUGCUCGACUUCAGUGAAGUUUUUUCGGCAGCAUGACUCGGAGAUCCUGUGCCAUUUACGCCACCGGCAUCGUCUGCGCUCACCUCCUGAUAGUGGGGAUCGCCCUGGUUUUGGCUCAAGUCUUCCAAACAAUGAUCCAGAGCCGGCUAAAAAAGGAAAUUACGUUGACGGAGAAGAGCCAAGUCUUUGAAGCAUGGAAGAACCCCCCUCCACCAGUUUACAUGGAGUAUUACUUCUUCAACGUCACCAAUCCAGAAGUGUUCUUGGCAGGAGGGAAGGCAUCUGUUCAGCAGAUCGGCCCGUAUACUUACAGGGAAUACAGGCCACGAGAAAACGUAACGUUCCUGGAAAACGGCACCAAAGUUUACGCCCUGAACCCCAAAACCUUUGUCUUUGUGCCCGAGAAGUCUGCUGGUAACCCUGAGGUUGACCUCGUCAGGACCGUCAACAUCCCACUUGUGGCGGUGAUGAACGAGCUGAAUUCCUACUCCUUUUUGCUGCGUAGUGUAGUUUCUUUCUACCUGAGCGGCUUGGGCGUUGACCUGUUCAUGACCCGCACUGUCCAUGAGAUCCUGUGGGGCUUUAAAGACCCUCUCCUAACGAAGAUCCACUCUUUGAAACCCGAAGUGGACGAAUAUUUUGGGCUGAUGUGGAAGAAAAACGGCACCCAUGAAGGGGAGUUUGUUUUCCACACCGGCGAGCAGAACUACUUGGAUUAUGGGAAGAUCGACACGUGGAAUGGCCUGAGGAAGAUGUCGUGGUGGUCUUCCAACCAGAGCAACAUGAUCAACGGGACGGACGGCGCGGUCUUCCACCCCCUCAUCAACAAGAACGAGCUGCUGUACAUCUUUGCUGCGGACCUCUGCCGAUCGAUCCACCUGGGGUACGUGAAGGACGUGGAGGUGAAGGGAAUCCAGGCUUACCGCUUCGCACCCCCCGCCGAUGUCCUCAUGAGCCCCGACAACAAUCCCACCAACGCUGGCUUCUGCGUGCCAGCGGGGGAGUGCCUCGGCACCGGGGUGCUGAAAGUCAGCGUCUGCCGAGAAGGGGCUCCCAUCGUCGUGUCCUUUCCCCACUUUUAUCAGGCGGACGAAGCGUACAUCAACGCCGUUGACGGUCUUAACCCGCAGAAGGAGUACCAUGAGACGUACCUGGACCUGCAGCCGACCAUGGGGGUUCCCAUUCGUGCCUGCAAGAGAGCUCAGCUCAAUGUCAUUCUGAAGAGAGUCCCAGGCUUCCCAAAAACGAGGCACAUCAAUGAGACCAUUUUCCCCAUCAUGUUCGUCAAUGAGACAGCAACCAUCGAUGAUGACUCGGCAGCACAGAUGAGGACGAUGAUCCUACUCGUGACUCUUGUGUCAAACUUCCCCUUGCUCAUCGUGGGAAUGGGGAUCAUCCUGCUGCUGGUGCUCGUUGUUUUAUUCUGUCGAAACCGCCAAAAGAAGAAUGAAGUAAAACGUAUUGAUUUUACUGAAGCUUUUCAUUCUUUUACUACGGCGAAAGACGACACGGCGUACACGCAGGUCAGCGACAAACCAGACGAUUCCUCGGAAAAGCCGGCCAGCCAGCCGACGAAGAACGGCUCCUACAUCGCCAUGUCUCCAGUGGAGGCCCAGAAGUGUUGAUUGAUUGAUCCCCUUCCUCCACGCGUCAGGAAACCAGGAAGGGGGCUGAGGGAGCUGCACGGGGGUGUUACAAUUCCACGAGUGGGAAGGACAGGGAAAACGGUGGGACACCCCAGUGAUUAGUCAACAAAGACAUUGAUCCACUUACCGAGCCCUCUUCUGUCCAUUCUCCUCCACUCUACCUGCUGAGCAUGGCCGUCACUGCCUGCAGAUCUGCAACACAACCAAACCUCCAGAGUCCAAAACAUAAAGUCACCUCUGUUCUUGUCGGCUAAGAGCAAAAAGGGGACGUUGGGGGGGCUCGGCAAUGAAAAAGCCUUCUCCGUAAUUCUUCUGAGGGAACAAACUAGCAUAGAUGCUGCUGUUGCACACAGCUGCGUGGUCCGAGAGGACUCGCCAACAACGGGUGUUUUUAUUCUGGUUUGGGCUGAUGGGAAGUGGGAGACAUCUUCGAGCCUUCAGACCAACAGUCCCAUGUAAAGUAAACCUUUAGGACAAAAAUCACAGCUUCUGAGCUCAAAGGGUUUUGCUAAUAAAAGAACAAACUUCGUAUAUUUUGUAAAGGAAAACUACAAACUGAGCCACACCAAAAGGUUUUGCCUUUCUUCCUUAAGGAUGAGUCGGUGCACCCAGACACAACACAUGUUGCACUUCUAGUGUGAGUCGGUGAAAGUGCACGUUUGCCUUCUAUCUCACGUGUCCGUGAUGGACAGCUGUUGUGUUUCCUGACUUCUCUGUUCGUGCCCUAACCCGUCCCCUGAAACACUAGCCGAGAAAUGGAAUUAUUAAGAUUAAUGAAGCAUUUUAUUAACAUGGGCUAGAUGUAAAACUAUUAGGAAACCUUCACAUUUAAACAAGAUCACAAACUUAUUGAAAAAAAGAAGCACCCAUGAAACUUACAAGGGAGACUUGAACCUGCUGUUGCCUUACUGUGGUUCAGCCUCUUCUACGUUCAUACACUGUUAAAAUAAGCUGGGAAUACUUUAUUGUACAUAUGUAACGGGGAACCCUCCGGACCUCUGAUCCGGUCCAGCUGCCGGUCCCGGGUGUGCUGAAAGACACUAACUUCGUUCUGUUGUUGACGCCCACGAACGUCUACACGGUUAUUAGAAAAAGCACAACUUGGGUGGGUAGAAGCGGUCUUCAAACAAGACCACCAUCUUUUUGUUUUGUUUUUUGUCGUCCCCCCCCCCCCAAAAAAAAGUUGUUUUUACAGCUGAUGUGUCGAAGACGCUGUCGGGUCGCAGUCAUCAGUGCGGUCGGAGCCCAGUGUGUCACUGUGCCGUCGACCAGUUUGCCAAGGAGCUGCAGGAGUCUAGACACCCGACAUCUCAGCCGCUGUUUGUGUUUCCUGUUCCUCUGUUUGCUGCAUUAAUCUCGUCUCGUGUGAGACACACUGGAUGUUGCCAGUUGGGUGCAAAUUUAAGACCGUAAUGGUGUCGGUCUGAAAAAUUGCCUGCACUUUGCCAGGAAAUGGUGCCACUGUCGUCUCUGUUGGAUUGUUUAGUCCUGGUUGUUUCAAUGCAAGUGGACCGUGUGUUCAGGUCAUUUCAACGGUUAAUCCCGGGUGGUGUUGUUUCUGGCUGGGUGUCGGAGAGCAACAGACAUCCAGCAGCUUUCCAACACAUGUUGUCUUCUUUUGAUAUCCUUUUGUAUGUUAUUGCUGCUAAAAUUGCCAUAACCUAUGGACUUGUAUUUGUAUUUGUGGUAUUUACCAUAACGUGCUCUGGUUUGGGUUUUGGGUUGAUCAACGGGAGCUCUGACAUCUCGAAAGCUUCCCGUCGACCUUUUUGAGCACAAGAUACAAAGCCCAAAGCUUGCUGCCAUCUAUCAGUUAGCAGUUAGAGGCUUCACUAAAGACAUGUACACUCUCAAAGCACUCUAAUCAUAUCACAUGUAUUGUUUGUUUUUUAUUCUGGAGUUGCUAAACUUCUGCGGAGGUGCCCAAAAGGGUCGAGCCAUUAAAAUAUCUGAGACUGGCGUUCUGAUUCUGGGUCGUAGUGGUAGGGAGUCCUUCAGUUAUUAGCUUUGUGGGGUAAAUUUGGAUAUCCUAAUUAAUAAUUCUGUCAUCCAACACUGCUUGGAUUAACACAAAUCCUGCUUCUGGUGCAGAAUGAAAGACUACGGGCACCAAAAAGACUCCAGUUAAUUUCUGGUGUCAUUUCUAUUCUCUGGGCUGAACCUUUCACCCUGAGGCACGAAGCAAAUCGUCUUUAUCCCCAGUGGAAACAACUCCCUGAACUCUUGUAUUCUGCCUCGAUGCUUGCAGCUACCACCUCGUGCAAACGUGUUUCAGUCAUUCGCCUCAUUGGAAACCUUGAAAGACCUUUUGAUCCAGAGUUGCUUUUAUGUCGCCCUGUUCAAACAUGCACACCUGAGCCACCCCCGCUCUGCACUCCACUAUGCUGACCCAAGCUCAGUCCUCCAAGCUCAUUGGCUCGUCACUGCUCGACCAAAGAUUACCCAUAUAGAUCUGUCUGGGCACUGUUUACUUUGUGCGAUAACAACUGUGCCACGAUACCACCGCCGCCUAACUGAGAAGUAAAGAGGGGGAAAGUUGUGCCACCACUUGUGUGUGUGUGUGUGUGUGUGUGUGUGUGCCUUUAGAUCAAGGCAGAAAUGGAUGGGUAUUGCUUUUUUCACUCUGCGCAAACGGAGUGUGAUGCUCGCUGAGCACAUAAAAAUCUCAGUAUUAUAAGACAAAGCAAUACAAGUUGUGCAAAUCAAAUUGUGGACGAUGUUUUUCAAGAGGCCACGUGAUAUUUGAUUUAGGCGUUUUUCUGCGGGUCGUUUUAGUUUCACUGAUGUUGGAGAACUUUAUUUCAGUGGUAAUUUAGGUUAUUUUUCAUUUUAUUUUGUCCGCUUGAGUUCAAGCUCAUUUCAUUCAUCGUUUCAACACUUUAACACUGAAAAUACAGAAAAAGUGUAAAAGAUGGACCAGUUUUUGACACUGGGAAUGGAGUUGUACAGUGUGUAAAAGUGUUUGAGUGGUCCAAAUUUGUAUUCAAGUGAGAAUUUGUAUUUGUGGGGAAAUGCACCAUUCCUGUCGAACUGGAGUGAUUCUGGGGAAGGCUGAUGAUCUUGAAUGAAGUGUUGAUGCUGUUUAACGUAUCUAGAUGAAUGAAGCCCUCCUUCAGCUGUGAGCACUAGUGCCAUGCCACCUUUUUUCUUUAUUUAUUUUUUAAUUUGCUCUUCGUAACAGCCGCAUCCUCCCUUUUCAAUCUCCUGCAAGACAUUUCCUUUGAGAUUUACUACCGGUAGUUUGUUUUGCUGCUGAAAAUGACAAUCCUUGUCAUGUUAGGUGCAAAAUGAUUUCAAAGUAAUACCAUUUUAGUUUUGAUAAUUUCCAGUGCACAGAUGUUUAUACAGUGCUUUUGUAAACAUUUCUAGUGUAUUUGCAAAAAAUAAAAUUUGCUAUUAAGUGCAAA